AUGUGGCUAGACGAGCGCAGAGAGCAGGGGGUGGCAGGAUCGCUUAGCACGAGGGUCGCGGUGGCCAUGGCCAAGAAGGCAAAGUCGAGAAACAUCCUGGUCCGCCUUAUCAGCACAGCAGGCACAGGGUUCACGUAUGUCAAGCAGCGCCCGCGCACAGCCGCAUACCGCCUGUCGAUGAUGAAGUUCGAUCCGCGUGUCAACAAGCACGUCUUGUUCAUGGAGCACAAGAUGAAGUAAAGUUUGUAUUUUCACCCCCGGGCAUUAAAAAGAUAUCACAAACCAAGCGCUUG